AUGCCAAUUAGCAGCGUGGUGGCCUACAAUGCGGCCGUCUUCAUCAGCACCCUCUUCCUCCUCGAGACCGGCGCCGACAAGUUUGUGGACCACACGGCCAUCGUCGCUCGGCGCACCGGCAUCCCGGACACCCUCAUCGCGUUAGUCACUGCCGGCGCCGAGUGGGAAGAGCUCGCCGUGGUCGUCAGCGCCCUGGCGCAAGGCCGCGCCUCACUCGCUCUCGGCAACAUUGUUGGCUCGGCCAUCUCCAACAUCCUCGGCGCCUUUUCGCUGGGUCUCCUUUUCCGCAAACAGGACGACGCGGUACAGUUUGAUCGCAGCGCGCGCAUCUACUCGCUUCUGCUGCUCGGCGUGACGACUGCCAUUGUCCCCAUCACGUACUUCCCUCGUGAACUCCUCUGGCGUGUCACCGGUAUCACCUUAGUCGUCGCCUUCGUCGUCUAUCUGCUCUCGAUAGGAUGGGCAAUCAACCGAGGAACGCUGGUCGCACCGGAAGGCUCAGAUAGCGGUAGCUCUAGCGACGAAGAUGACACCUCAUCUUUAUCUUCAGACUCCUCCACCUCAACGCGAGGAGACGACCGUGCUCCUACGUCUUCGUCUUCGCAAGCUGAACCACAGACAACCGACACCGACGGCGAGCAACAACCCCUCCUCCGUCCCUCGGAACGCUUCCUCCGCCGCCGCCGCCGCCGCAGUCUGUCCUACCACAUUGCCUACCUCUUCGCCGGCUUCCUCGCCAUCUGCCUAGCAGGCUACAUCCUCUCCCACGCAGCAACCAACAUCGCCGACGCCCUCGGCGCCUCCGACGUCCUCUUCGGCAUCGUCGUGCUCGCCAUCGGCACGACUCUGCCGGAGAAGUUCAUCGCCGUGAUCAGCGGCCGGCGCGGGCACGGCGGCAUCCUCGUGGCCAACACGGUGGGCAGCAACGUUUUCUUGCUGACGUUGUGCCUGGGUAUCGUCAUGGUGGGCACGGAGGGGGCACUGGGAAGCGCGGGGAGCGUCUCGGUUGCUGAGUUGGCUGUUCUCUGGGGGAGUACGGCUUUGUUUACGGGGUCGAUGUGGUUGAGUGGCAGGGUUCAGCGGGUGGUGGGUGGUGUUAUGUUGAUUGAGUAUGUCGGGUUUAUUGUUGCGGAGUUCACUUUGUUACGGAGAACGGGAGACUUGUAGGUUGGCCAUGUCCCAGGUCGCCUGGAAGCUAAUUUAUUCUGUGACGAGACCGCAGAAAGGAUUGUAGAGCUUCUAUUAUUCGUCUUGAUCGCGGCGGAAUCACAGGAUAAUUCUUCAGCAUCAGCUUGUAUAGACAACUUGGUUGACCAUCUCCGUCAAGUUACUGUCUACAUCUUCACCCAGAGAACAGGCUAACAGCACAGAUGGCAUUACCUUCGCAAUGUUUCCGAAGGUUUCUGAAUCAGCUAUAACUCAACAAUAUUAACCAUCUGAACUGCUGCC